AUGAGCUAUUUACAUUGAUCUCCAACUAAAUGGUUGAAAAAAUAAUUAUAUUUUGUGAUGGCCAGAGGGAGGAUAGGCAUAUUUGUGAAUUUUUAUUUAUUUAUUUAUUUUAUUUGCAGAGGGUAUGUAAAUUAGUAACUAAUCACAGAAACAUGGUUGCUUGGUCUGCUGUGCAAGAAUCGUCUACUUCUACAGUGGCUGCCGAAACAAAGGAGGUGAAGACAGCUCAAGAAGAAGCUCCAGCAAAGGCCAAACCUCCAGCAAAAGCUACGGCCAAGCCACUGCCUCAGUUAAUGGAGGAGGAUAUCAUCCCUUCAUUGAAAGCAAUACUUGAAGCUCAACCUGAUCUUUCUGAAAUUGAACUAUCUUUCCAAGACAACAGGUUGGAAGGUUCCUUUCUAAAGAAUGAUAAUCCUUAUUCUUUUUGGGCAUUCUUCCCUGAAGGGGUCCUCACAAGUACUUCAUAUAUGCAUGCUAAUUGUUAUCCAAUUGCACAUUCAUACAAACACCCAACUAGCAUUUAUUUAUGAGGACUGAA